AAGGCUACAAUCGAAGUCAAUUAAAUUCUGUUUGAUGUGGAUUUGAAUUUCAUUCGAAAGGAAAUCAUAUUCUUGGAAAUUGCAAUCUUAGAAUAAGUCUUUAAUGUUAGUAUAAUAUUAUAUCCUAAAGAAAUAACUUCAAGUAAUAUAUAUCCUUUUUCUUUUUUCUUUUUUUUUUGGGAGAUUAGGUAAUCUUCAUUUUUUUCAGUGUUUGAAAUUUGUUGCUAUAUAUAUAUAUAAAAUCUGCAUGUUGAAUAGAUUGUAAAUUUGUAAUUCUUGGUGGUGUGAAGUUCUGGUUUUCUUCCCCUUUGGAGUUGUUGAAAUUGAAUUCAAACAAAAAGAAAAGGGAAAAAAAAAAAAAAAAAGCAGAAAGAAAUUAUCAGAAGAGGUUUCUUGAGAAUACCCUUAUUUUUUAUUUUGUGUUUAUUUAAAUUAUUUAUUCAAUAGAUUAUUCACCUAAGACUCAAGGUAACACAUUGUUUCUCUAGAACUGUUUUGUUUCUGUUUUGGAAAAUGACAUCCAUAAGUUGGUGGAUUGCUAAGGAAAACGAUCAGAUUGAAGAGUUGUUCUUCUUUUCCAUACGAUGAAUUUUGGGUUCGAAACUCAAUUCACACAGAAAGCUUUUCUUAAUGCUGGACUGAACAAUGAAAGAAUAAAAAAAUCAAAUCUCUAUUGCUUGGAAUUUUUAUGUUUCACAUCUAUUUUUAGUUUCUUCAUUGGUUUCUCUCCUAUAAGAAACAAUGUUUAUUUUCAGUGGUUUAGACAAAGACGCAAGAAACCUAUGCUGGAAGCGCUCAAGAAAAUUAAAGCUGAGCUUAUGGUUCUUGGAUUUAUUUCCCUACUCUUGACAUUUGGGCAACACUACAUUGCCAACAUCUGUAUUCCCAUAAAGCUCGCAGACACAAUGUUCCCAUGCCCCAUGAAACAUCCUCCCCAGCACCACGGACCAGAGCUUAAUUUGCCUCAUGAGCCUGAUGAGCUUAAUGCGCCUCAUGAGCCUAAACAUGUGCCUGAUGAACAUAAUUUGCCUCUUGACCCUAAACAUGAGCCUGAACAUGUGGCUGAACACCAUACGAGGCUUCUAUGGUAUGAGCAUAGAUUUUUAGCAGGUGAUAGUCCAGUUUCAGGGUGCAAGAAGGUAUUACCAUAUCUGCUUUCUCAGGAGCACGCCCAACAGUGACUAUCUUCUGAAGAAUCACCAAAAAUAUCAGGUUAACAUUUUGUGCAUAGUAUUAACUAAAUAACCAUAAAGAUGACAAUUGAAGUACUUACUGAAGUUAUUUCGAAUGCACUGGGCAUUGAAACCUUAUAACCUAUGUGCCUGGAGUC